CAAAAUCAUUGCCCUAGCCGGGCAACUACAAAAUUUCGUAGUAUUUUAAAUCCCCUAUUUUCGGAACACUAAGACGGUCAGGUCACAAUGAAUUCCUGCUGCUGCCGAUCGCAUAGCGAUCGCACGGAUCCGAUGGCCUGCCUUCCGCAGUUUCCUCGUCUCCAGCGGGUCCAAAGUUGUAGGCCAUUCUUGGAGGGCCGCAAGUCGGCCAGCUGCUGUAUGUCGAGCGAACGGCGAUGGGGUCAGAGGAACGGGGUAAUGGUCGAAUUGCUGGCCAAGAUGGUGGACAAAUCGGCCAACACGGUCUGCCAGUUUCUGCACCAACUGACCCUGCAGCUCUUCGCGAGGAUUCUCUAUCCCUUGAUGGCUGGUUGGAAUACGCUCAAGAUACCAUUUGUUUUGCCCGAUACCUGUGAGCUUUACUACGGGAUAUUCGAUGAAUGUGGUAACCUGAGAAAGCCCAUGCCGACUAGGACAUUCGUUAUCCUCAUAACCAUUUUGCAGUACUUUCUGAACCUGCCAACGCAAAGGGUAUGCCGGGGAAAGAACAAAUGUACAGCUUGUAAGAAUAAGGAUAAUAUGAUCAAACACCUACACAAUCCCGGUUAUUGUGGCAAAGAUGCCAUGACUCCAUUUUCUGGACGUAGGACCACUGAAAAGGCACCAUCACCGAGAAGUGAAGUUUGGGCAGGACUCAGGCGAUUGGGGUAUGAAAGGUCAGGUGGUCUUGAUCUAGAUAGUUAUCCCUCGGAUGAGUCAAUACCCUAUGGUUAUGCUCCUUCCCGGUGUCCUUGCCAGGCCAGAGAUCCCGCGGUUGCGAGGGCUCAGUGGUCCAGACGAGGAACUCCAAGUCCAUAUGCCAAUAUCCAGGAUCCCAUGGAAUUAGAAAGUGCCUGCGAGAGGGUACUGCGAAGUCCCAUGUUAGCUCCUGAAUGCAGUCAAACAUCUCCAGUGGCAUCCCUUUCCCCAGAAGCAGCUCAACUUUAUCACAUUACCCAAAUCUCGAAUCUAUAUACUGCAGUUGUAGAAAACCGGCAUUCAAGAAUAUUACUUGGAAGUGGAAAGCCGCCAAAGCAAAGGGUAAUUCCCUGCACUGAGAAGAGAUUCUCCGGCGGUUUCAUGAUGCCCGAACCCUACUUCAAUGGCAUGCCCUGGAGUUGGCUGCACAGGGAUCCGCAAAAAAUGAUGCGACUUCCAAGUGGAGGACUACCAUUGGAAAUCCCACGUUAUAGACGACAACCUUUGGAUGAGGAAUACCAUAGUUUUAGAAGUAGAUAUGAGGACAUGAGUAGACAGGUUAACCCCUUCAAAGAAGGCGCUCCCUCGCCUGUUGAUAAAUAUCCAACAGCAAAUAGAUUUACCCCUGAAAAAAGCCUCCAAUCUAUUAGCUGGAAGGAAAGAACCCUAGAUCCGAAAGAUCAAUUUUUCUUACCCACUAGUGGAAGACGAAUUCCGGUUGAAGAAAAAAAGAAUAUGGAGUGGGAGGAGCUGUUAUUAAAGAGAGUUAAUCAGCCUAGGAAAACUCAGGGUGCCUUAGAUUACUGGAAAGAGAUGAUGGAAAGACAUCAGUUGAAGAUCGAUCAAGCAAGAAAUAACACUUUGAGCAUACGGAGCUUAAUGGUUGAGAAAAAUAAUAGUUUCCCGAGUUCAGUAAGACAAACAACUGAAAGAAAACUUUGGAUAAUAAAAGCAUAUCGCAAUCGUGGGGAUAGUGUAGCGCCGCAGAAUAGAAUAAAACCUAUAAAUAGUGAGAGACUAAUUCAGAAAUUAAAGGAUUCAAUCGGGCAAGACAACGAAUCCUCAGAAAUAAAAACAAGACAAGCCAGGAACAAGUCAGUAGAUGAUGUACUCCGAUUGGUAAAGAGAGAUGAUGAAAAUAAUGGUGGACAUAAGUAUCCCGAUCCCGAGGAUUACAGAAAAGAAAUGGCUAGAAAUCGACGUUAUCAAAGGAAAACUGCCGGAGAAAGUAUCUUGCUUAUAAAGACUGCAGAAAGUAUUGUACGAAAACGUGGAUUUAUUAAGUUAAAUGAGACCAAACAGCCAUUAACAAGACAAGAAGAUAAAUCAUGCUUAAGGAAACCAUUACUGAAGAAAAUGUGUAUUGAACACAACAAGCCUAUCGAUAAGAGGGUGCGAUUUCUUUUUCACAAAAAUCCUAGCUUGGAAAGGGUAAAGCCAGUAGAAAAUCUAAAAACGAAAAUCAGACGGACUUUCUUUUUACCAGGAGGUGGCGAUCAACUACCAAAGCAGUAUAGUAAGCCCCAUGAAGGUGGUCCCAAAAUUAAAAAGUUGUCAAGUGCUAAUGAUGAUAGAAAAAUAAUAUUUAAGCCUAGAAGGGGAAAGUCGCCGGAAAAAAUUACCAGAAAAAAUCCAUUUCAUUCAGAUGACUCUUCAAAGGAUAAAUCACAAGCUUCAAAUCUAAAUCCACAGAAGAAAUAUCAUGGCAAUCCGAAAACGAAACCCAAUAAAUGCCUUGAAAGAAGUUGCGGAUUACCAUCCAAAAUAUUUGAUUUAACAGAAGUGGAAACCUUAAGGCGCAAGCGAAGAAAGCCAUUAAGCUCUAUGUUAUGAAAGCUCUACUCAUUUAAUUAGCAUAUUAAUAUUUUUUUAAUACCUACCUAAUUUAUCUUAAAUCCACAUGAGCCAUAUAGUGAAUUAAUGUUAUUUCGCUGCACAAAUUGUAUAUAAAUCAGGGGCCUGACCGCCUAUUAAAUUUUGGUUUAAACUGUG